AUGGCCGCCGAAGGGGAGUCCGCCCGGCGGCCUCCUUCCGCCGCGGACUUCAACCAGAUCUUCAACCGCAUCGCCCUAGCCAGGGCAAAACAUCAGCGAGUCCUCUCCCUCGCGGGCCACCGCCCCAUCACCCCGCCUGUCACCCCUCCGGCAUCAUCAUCAUCCACCACCACCACUACUACUACCAAGGCCACCGCCGCAAAGGCGGAAGGCGGCUUCUCCUCCCUCGCCGCAUCAUCAUCCAGCACGUCCUCGUCCACCCGGUCACAAACCCCGACAACAACCACAACAACAACAACCACCCCCGACCCCCGCCUCGCCGACGACUUGGACCCCGCGCUGCCCGACAACGUCGGGAUAGGCUACAUUCCGCCGCCGUCCUCCUCGAACAACCCGUUGGCGGCGGCGCAAGAGGACCGCGAGAGGGCCCUGCUCCGGAGGAAGGUCCUCGGCCGGAACGCGGCGCGGCAGCUCGCCGAGCGGGAGCAGCAGCAGCAGCAGCAGCAGAGCGGGGACCGCGGUCGGAAGAGGGGAGCAGCCGCGGCGGUCGACGGGAGCGAGAGCGAGGAGGAUGUGGGCAAGGGGGCGCUCGUAAAGGGCAAAAGAAGGCCCGUCGUCGCCGCCGCGGCUGCUCCUGUUGCCGGUGCUGGUGGUGGUGGUGCCAGGACUGGGGACGAAAGUGCGCAAGGCGGGGAGGAGGAGUCGAGGAGGAGGAGGAAGAAGAAGAAGAGGAUCAGGGUGGAGGGGCCGGACGGGCCUGGGACUGGGGCUGGGGCUGGGUCUGAUUCACAUUCACGCGCGCCUGGUGGGACCGGGGCGGAGGAUGACGAAGAUGAGAAGGAAAGAGGACGAGGUGCAGUAACCUCGCAGACGGACGCGGGGGCUGCUGGGGAGGGCGGGGACGUUCUUAUGGGCGAUGUGGGAGCUGGAGAAGAAGGACAAGAACAGCAGGUGGCAGAUGUGCCCGAACAGGAGGGGGGCACGGAAGAAAAAAAGAAGAAGAAGAAGAAGAAGAACAAGAACAAGAAGAAGAAGAAGAGGGAGAGGGAGCUGUCGAAAGAGGCCAACGGGGACGCCGAGAGUGAAGCUAGCGGUGGUGAGGACUGA